AUGACGAUCACCUGGAAUGAGAAGGCCGAUGCCAAGUUACUGGCUGGCAUAAUUGCUAUCAGCCCCAGCUCCAUCGAUUUCAAUGCUCUCGCCGAGUACAUGGGUGACGGAGUCACCGUCUCCGCUCUCCGUCACCGAAUCGCUCGUCUUCGGGCUAAGGCUGAGGAGGGCCAUGAGGGUUCUUCGUCUGUCUCGCCUGUUGCAAAGAAGCGUCAGCGCACUCCGAAGAAGUCUGACAAGGCCACUGCUGGCAAGGCCAAGGACGCUGAUGCCGAGUCCGGUGGAGAAGGCGGAGCUUCCAAGGAUGGGGAAAACCAGACUGAGGGCGUGAAGGCCAGGAAGGCUAAGAAGCCCAAGAUCAAGCACGAGGAAAUCAAGGAUUCUCUCCUUAGCUCCGACUCCAUCAAGGCGGAGGAAGAUUCCUCCGAUAUCUAA